CUCUACAAGGACGUCAUGAUGGACAAUCAGCCGCCCCUCACAUCACCGGAUGGAUCCAGUCAUGGGAACCCACCAGAGAGAUGUCCCCGUCCUCUGUAUUCCCGGGAUUCCACACAGGAAGGUCACACCAUCCCUCACCAUCAUCAGAGUGGAAACCUGAGAGAUCCUAAAGUUGAGGUUAAAGAAGAGAUAAAAGAGGAGGAGGAUGAGGAGGGGGGAUGGAGGAGUCAGAGCUUCUAAAAGACACACCAUGGUGGAGUCAUCCAGCUACAGGAACCCACCAGAGAGAUGUCCCCGUCCUCUGUAUUCCCGGGAUUCCACACAGGAAGGUCACACCAUCCCUCACCAUCAUCAGAGUGGAAUCCUCGGGGAUGAUAAUAUUGAUGUUAAAGAAGAGUAUAAAGAGGAGGAUGAGGAGUAUGGAGUGAUGGAGGAGUUUUCAGAAGGACACAAGGAUAUGAUGGAGCCACCUAAUACCAGGAACCCACCAGAGAGAUGUCCCCGUCCUCUGUAUUCCCGGGAUUCCACACAGGAAGGUCACACCAUCCCUCACUAUUACAAGUGUGGAGAUCCAAUCGAUAUAGAAUUUGAGGUGAAAGCAGAAGAAGAAGAGGCGUAUGUGAGGGAUGAUCAGCAGUCUAUGGAGGAGGAUGGAAUAACGGGGGACAUUUAUAGAGGAGGACACACUCCUACAGAGAUCAGCACAGACUGGAAAGUAGAAGAUGAGGACAUCACACAGUAUAGUCCAGGAGAAAACCCGGCUCCCUCCAAUGUCCAUCCGGCACCACCCAGUGUAGAUGGACCAUCGGAUUCCUCGUAUCCUGAGGAACCUCAGACUGUGCGGGACCGGGCCGGCCUUCCAACAGGGAAGAGGUUUCUCCUGUACUGAGUGUGGGAAGGGGUUCUGUUCUAAAUACAAACUUAAUAGGCAUAAAAGAUCGCACACGGGGGAGAAGCCAUAUUUCUGUCCUGAGUGCGGGAAUGUUUUUCAGACAAGUCCAAUCUUUAUGCACAUCAGAGAUCUCACACGGGGAGAAGCCAUAUUCCUGUCCUGAGUGUGGGAAAUGUUUUAUAAAAAAAUCAAAACUUAUCAUACAUCAGAGGUCUCAUGCAGGAGAAAAGCCGCAUUCCUGUUCUGAGUGUGGGAAAUGUUUUGUAGAAAAAUCAAAACUUUUCAUACAUCAGAGAUCUCACACUGGGGAGAAGCCGUAUUCCUGUCCUGAGUGCAAGAAAUGUUUUUCAAAGAAGUCCAAUCUUUCCAUACAUCAGAGAUCUCACACAGGGGAGAAGCCAUAUUCCUGUCUUGAGUGUGGGAAAGGUUUUGUAGAAAAAUUAAAACUUCUCAGACAUCAGAGAUCUCACACGGGGGAGAAGCCAUAUUCAUGUUCAGAGUGCGGGAAAUGUUUUUCCGAGAAGUCCAAUCUUCACACACAUCAAAGAUCUCACACGGGGGAGAAGCCAUAUUCUUGUCCUGAGUGUGGGAAAUGUUUUUCACAGACGUCCACUCUGCACAAACAUCAGAGAUCUCACACAGGGGAGAAGCCAUAUUUCUGUCCUGAGUGCGGGAAAUUUUUUUCAGAGAAGUCCAAUCUUUACACACAUCAGAAAUCUCACAAAGGGGAGAAGCCGUAUUCCUGUCCUGAGUGCGGGAAAUGUUUUUCAAAGAACUCCAAUCUUUCCACACAUCAGAGAUCUCACACAGGGGAGAAGCCAUAUUCCUGUCCUGAGUGUGGG